CACAACCUCAUAACGGAGUGCCCAACAAGAUGGGGUUCUAAAGAAAUGAUGAUUGCCAGAGUGCUUGAACAGGCCAAAGCCAUUUCUCAGGUAUUGUCUGGAGAUCGAUAUGCACGCUCCCUUAUCCCAACCUGGCAGGAUAUUGACGUGUUGGAGUCGAUUCACAAGGCACUGCAUCCUCUACUGGAGUUUACUGAUGCUCUUUCUGGAGAGGAGUAUGUAAGCAUCUCCUACCUCAAGCCAGUUCUCCACCUUUUUGCCACAUCAGUCCUGGCUGAAGAUGCUGAGGACACUGACCUGACUAAAUCAAUAAAAACCAAAGUCCUAGCAUACCUCAAUAACAAAUAUGGAGACCCAAACAUCCAGGAGCUUUUGGAUGUUGCCUGUUUCCUGGACCCUAGGUUCAAAAUACAGUACAUCAGUACAGACAACAUCCCUGCUAUCAAGACUCGUCUGAAGACAGAGAUAGUAGACUUGGCACAACGUACAUAUCAUUGGGAGAAGAGGUCUCGUACUGAAACUGUUCAGAUGCCUCAAAGUGCACAGUCCUUGGGGGAAAAGACGAAGAGGUCUCUUGGCAGUUUUUUCAAGACCAGUUCAGCCUCUCCUUCUUUGCCUGUAAAUCUUGAAGAUGUCGCAGAGGCAGAGAUAAACAAUUACCUGAUGACUCCUACCAUUGAUGGAGAAGAUGAUCCAUUGGCUUGGUGGAGGGUGCACAAGAUCAGCUACCCACAGUUGUGCACCAUGGCACGCAAGUAUCUUUGUGUACCUGCUACAAGCGCUCCCUCAGAGCGUCUUUUUAGCACAGGAGGGAAUAUUGUGACUUGCACUCGCUCAUCCUUGAAGCCAGAAAAAGUCAAUAUUCUGGUUUUCUUAGCAAAAAACCUGUGAGCCACUGAGAACAGAACUGUUGGAUAAGUAUGGCUGGCAGUGCCAUACUCGUAGUGAACUUUAGUCUGUGUGGUGUGUUAUUGUUGUGUACUUGAGAUAAGUGAGGCUCAUCUAUUUUAUAUUAUAAUAUUCAAAUC